AAAUGAAAUAAAAAAUGUCAAGUAAAGAGAGUGAUGGUGCUGUCAGCAAACUUUUUUCACCUGUUCGAGUGAGCAAUUCUCCAAAAUCUUCUAACAAAACUGCCAAUCUAACAGGGAAUGAAAGACAGAUAAAAGAUGGAUGUGCGGACAUCUACAACGCUGUUCAAAAAUGGAGUAAAAUAAACCGUGAAGGAACAGAUGUCAUAACAGAGAUGGCAAACAUCAGAAUAAGUUUUCUAUUACAGUCUAAUGAAGAUUAUGCAGAGCGGCCAGAUAAUUCAUCUGAUUUACAAAAACUGGAGUCACUUUGUGAAGACCUUCACAGCUGUGUGCAAAAAUUGAAAAAACUUGUGUUGAAGAUGAAAGCUGUUGCAAAUAAGUUCAAUGGUGUACAGAAUCUGUCACAGUAUAAAAAUGACUGUGAUGUUAUGUUCCAAACUUGGUUAACAAAAGAUUUUGCAUCAGCUGCAGAAGAAAUAUCAGUCAUGUACCUGAAGGAAUGUGAACUGAAACAGGUCAUUUACGAAAAUGUCUGCCAUGCUGUCAGCCGGGAUUCUGUCAUGUUUUACACAUCAGCAUGGGUGCACCAGCCAUAUAUAGAGGAGAGGGCAGAGCUAUUACUGCAGAGCAUGCUUACUGAAACAGGUCAUGUGUCAUGACUGUCGGAAAAAGGUCACACACUGGAACAUGUACUGGAACAGGUACGGGAGUGUUAGGGGACAGAAGCUCCAGAGAUCACUGCUUGGACAGAACGACCAAAUUGUUUCAAGGAAUGUGCAGAGAACUGACAACUAACCAAGGGUUACCCAUCUCCUUUGAAACUGAAGAAAGAUUCAUAUAUGAUGAGCUGUUGUUUAUGCAUCACCAUAGUGCAAACAUCUUGGAUAUAUUCAUAUACAUGAAUAUGAAUACAAAAACAUGCAACCCAAAUGUUGUAUAAAACAUUUUUUUGAUUUUGCCCAUGCUUAUACAUACAAAAUAUUUUAUAUGAUAAAUUUGUGUAUUCUAGUAUAUACUGUGUGUGUACUUCUAAUUUAUUUACUGAAUUUUCAAUGCAAGGUCUGUUCCAGUAAUUGGUCUAUGAGGAGUCAGUGAGGGGUCAUUGUUUGUAGGGAGCAGGAGGGGUGUGUGUUUAAGGUGGCUCACUACACAGUGAAAUAUUUUUUCAUAUCAGCAAAAAAUUACUUGAUUAUGAAAGAUAUCAUAAUGGAUAAGAAGUCUUACAGGCACAAAAAAAUGUGCAAUUUUGAAUGAAAAAUUUCAUUUUCAAAAAUUUAAUCA